AUGCCCCUGGGGAUUCUUGCACUUCUCCACUCCACAAUGCUUCCUUACUCCAAUUUGUUGUCCGGGGUCACUUGCUUGAUGGUCUUGUUGGUAGUCAGAGGUCCUCCCCCCUCUUCUCUCUCCUCCUCUCUGAAUUCCUACUCCUCCGGCUGUCCCACACAAUCUCUUCCUCACUUCCCAUGCUGUCCUCCGCUUUCACUCCCUUGCACUCCGCUUGCCACCCCUCCAACAUUGCCCAGUUACUGCCUUGCUCUGGCUGCUAGCCAGACAGGUAUCCCACCACCGCUUCUGCCUCUUGGUGCCCCCACUCCCUCUGAGCCCCUCUGCAGCACGCAUCAACCCCCGGUCCGCAGUUGGAUGUGA